CUAUCGAUUACUUCUUCCCCGGCAUUUCCCUUCCUUCCUUCAUAACCACCCCUCACCUUCUACACAUUCCCUCACACAAUGGCUCUCUUCGGUUCCUCCAACAGUACUGCCUCCAACCCUUCGGAGGUCAAGACCGCCAUCGUCAAGCAGCUCCAGCAAGAGGCUGCCAUGGCCAAUGCCCGGAGUCUGAUCGGAAAAGUCAACGAGCAUUGUUUCGAACACUGCAUCCCCACCCCCGGUUCCACCAUGACCUCCGGGGAAGAGGCCUGCCUUUCUCAGUGCAUGGAGAAGUAUAUCUCCUUCUGGAACGCCACCAGCCGGACUUAUAUCGCCCGUGUCUCUCGUGAAAGCAAGCGUAUCAAUGGAGCAGAGAACCUUGCGAUGAUGGCCACACCAACCGAUACCGGCCUGUAAAUCAAUGUUGGAACAAUUGGCAACUUUCGAUAGAUGGUCAUCGGACACGGGUUCGGUUUUCAAUUGCUUGGACGCCGGCAGCGGCUUUCGCCCUCGUUUUCUUUUCCUGUUCUCUAGUACCCUUGGGGAGAUAUGAUUGGAGCCGUGUACGAUAAAGGCAGGCGCAUUGCGGUAGAUUUAGUGAUCCACAUCGGACGAGGCGGCGGAUCUGUGAUAGCAGACAGGCUUCCAUGGCCAGCCUGUCUCUUGACACGCACUGGGAGAUGCGGUAUACACAGAUCCAUGGCCUACUUUUAUUGCAUUUGAAAGAUAUGUACAUUAUACAGGUCUCCAAAAAAAUGAAAUGAAACAAAGCAACCAGGCAGCACCCCAAUACUUGCAACUAUUAUUAAAAAAAAAAAAAAGAAGAAGAAGAAAAAAAAAA